UUAAUUUAUUCUUUAAUUUGAUUUAAUUUAGUCUAAGGAUAUUUUCCAGAUCUCCCAUUUCUCAACUCUAUAAGUGGUUUAUUUCUUGUCAGGAACGCCAACAAGUAGCCAGCAACCAUUAAGAAAAAGGGAGGAAAGGGAAAAAAAAGAAAAAAAAAAAAGAAAAUGGGUGCAAUUACGAAGCUAAUUGACGCAAUACUCUUCUUCAACUUUCUGGUAAUGGCAAUGGUGACCCCAUUGAUCGACUCUCAGACAUGUCUUCCUGCAAACAUCUACCCAGACGUAUUGAUCAAUGCGAGGAAAUGGUACAGCCAAGAAUGUGGAGACUAUCUCUAUUCCGAGAUGCCUCAUUUCUUUGUUGGGAUGGUGUGGAUAGAACUUCUAUUUCACUGGCCACUUGUUCUUUCCGGUCUGUAUGGGAUUUCAGCUUCUAAGUCUUGGGUUAGCACCACUUGCUUAAUCUAUGGCACCUCCGUUUCUACUUGCAUGGUUGCUGUAUUAGCUGAACUGUUGGGUUCGGGCAAGGCAUUAAACGUGCUGCUAAUGAAUUACUACCCUUCUUUGGUUGUGGGAAUAUUAGCCAUUCUGCGUGGGCUCAUGCCUUGCUCUGCCAAGGCUGCUUCGGCUACAGGCGGCAGACCUGCUAUGUCUAGUAAAAAGAGAGCUUGAGGCGCUUUUAAUUUCAAUUCUUUCCUGUCAAAUGUCAAUUUCCAUGUAGGAAUUGGUUCCACCAUUGUUUGCAUUUGUUUAUUCUUGUGCUAACAAAAAUAAAAUCUUAGCCAGCUCAAAGUAA